AUUUAAAAGGGAGGAGAUACACUGCUAGCAUCCUCUACUAACUUCUCAUACUUCCACGACAGGUGUGCUGGGAAGGUGCGUCUCUCAGAUACCAAACAACCCAAUUAGAGACCAGGAAGAUGAAGAAACCACACGAACGACUGCUAACCACCGUGACGGCCCUAAUCCUCAUCUCCACGGGGCACGCUGGACACAUUCCCGUGAUAUUUGAAGGAACAGGAUUGCCACUAAGGGAAGCGAGGCCAGGCACUCCGGUCGUCCCUGGCUUCACUGAGACCCCUUUCCUUGCCUCUGAUUCUCCAGAUUCUCUCAGCAAUGUUACUAUAAGGGAAGAUGGACGUGUUGUGUUUGCACCUUUCCUGAGAGAAGACUUAGCCAACGACAUACCAGUGCUGUGUGGGAACUAUGAGCUACAGCCUGGCGAGUCUCUAACCGUGGCUUCUCCUAACUUCCCUAAGGAUUACCCCUUACGCUUCUGGUGUCGCUGGCAGUUUACCGCUGUGGGAGGUACCGAGAAGUUGUCCUUAACCUGUUCUGAUUUUGACCUCUACGUGAACGACUUCUUGAGGGUCAUGGAGUUCGACGUGACUGGGAUUAAAUACUCCUUGACUGACGCUCCUGAAGUAACCGCCACUGAGGGGAAUGUUUUAAUCCUUCGUUUCGUCAGUAACCCCUGGAAUGCUGCCCCGGGAUUUAAGUGCACUGUGUCUCAUGUCGAUGAACCCACAACAACCACCACCACCACCACCACCACCACCACCACCACCACCACCACCACUACCACCAGUACCACCACCACCAGCGUGUCUCACCCUGACUGUGGCUUCAAGCGAGAGACCAGAAUUGCUAAUGGAGAAUAUACAGAGCCUAAUGAAUAUCCCUGGCAGGUGAAGUUGUCUAUGAGGUGGUCAGAUGGGCACAGAAGAAGUUGCGGAGGUACAAUUAUCAACGAACAGUGGAUUCUUACGGCCGCACACUGCACUUACAGAACAAACCGUCCCGGGACAAGCUUGUAUUAUCCCACUGUGAGGGUAUUGGUCAGCGCUCACAUCCACACCAGGCCAUCAGCUACUGGUGGAUACUGGACCAUAGCUGAUUCUAUCCACAUGAAUCCCGGCUACAGGCUCGCUACGGACAUUGCUUUGAUUAAGCUAAGAAUACCACUUGAAUUCUCCGACACUAUAGCACCGAUUUGUCUGCCGCCGAGUAGCUGGGAACCUCGCACUUUUGAGGAUGAACUCUUGACUCUUAUUGGUUGGGGCAGGACUGAGACAGGCAUUUACCCGUACAAGCUGAAGGAAUAUGACACAGUGGGUUACAGCUUUCCUCAAUGCAACGAGUUUUACGAAGACAUGUUAGAGGAAACCCAGAUGUGCACUGAUGGCUCUGAGAAGAAACACACCUGCAAAGGGGAUUCUGGUGGCCCUGUCAUGUACACGGAGUCCAAUGGCAGGAUUUACCAAGCGGGCAUCAUCAGUUUCGGAGCCUCGAACACCUGCAGACACGAAGACCCAGACGGCCAUGUGCGUGUGGCUGCUUUUACUGACUGGAUUCAAGAGGUUAUUGCUGAGAAUUCCUAAUAAUCGAAAUCUAAAUACCUGAAUUAGAUUUUAUUGGUACUGGUGCUUAAUCUCUAUCUAUUGGCCAUUGUUUGGUAUUCUAAUUGUAUCUAAGCACCCGAAUUAAAUUUUAUUGGUACUCUAUCCUGAAUUAAUGAGGUUCUACUGAUGUUGGUGACUAAUUUCUUUAUCUAUUGGCCAUUGUCUAGUAUCCUAACUGUAUCUAAGCUGCUGAAUCUUUGAGGUUUUACUAGUACUGGUGACUAGUUUCUUUAUCCAUUGUCCAACUGUCUAGUAUUCUAACUCUAUCCUGAUUAAUGAGGUUUUACUAGAACUGAUGACUAAUUUGUAUCUAUUGGCCAUUAUCUAGUGUUCUAACUUCAUCUAAGCACCAGAAUUACUACUUCUAAUACUGGUGACUAUUUUUUUUAUCUACCUGCCAAGUGUCUAAUAGUUUAACUCGAUCCAGAAUUAAUGAGGUUUUACUAGUAUUGGUGACUAUUUCUCUAUCUAGUGAACAAUAGCGUCUUGUAUUCUAACACCUGGUAUGAAAACACCUGUAUUAAUGAGGUUUUUCUUGUUGAUUAUAUUGACUAGUUUCAUCUACUCAGCUCUGUCUUUCAGUCCACCUGGCACACGUGUUUAAAUGACCUUCGAGUGUAGUUGUGUAAUAUCUAUAGAACACCUGAGAUUAUUAAUUAAGGUAAAAGGUGCAAUAUUAGUAACUCGAUCCCUGGAAUACCUACCCUCCUCUGCUCACCUUUCCUCACCUGUCUAAAUUAACUUCGAAUGUGUCAGUAUGAUAUCUAUAAAAAAAACAUGACUAAUUAAGGAAAAA